AUGUUACCUUAUGCCCUCAUCACAUCAAAAAUCACUCACAUUCGAACUCUUCACCACUCUGGGCUUCGAUGUGGAGAGCUCGUUGACCUUCGCUUCGACUACCUCACGGUUUCAAGAGAUUCUCAUACAUCAAGGAAUCCAGACCGCGCAGCAGUUACUCCACCACACUGUUUCUCAUUUUUGCAAUGUGUUGACGCAAAUACAAUCUUUGGCCGUUAUCGUCUUAAAAGGAACAGUUCUUUAUUAUGUGGAUGA